AGUCAGAGUUCGUCAGAGAACAGGAACCCAAUGAUUCCCAUAUGCCCAGUAGUCUCCUUCACCUAUGUGCCCAGCCGGCUAGGUGAAGAUGCCAAAAUGGCCACCGGCAACUACUUUGGUUUUACCCACGGUGGUGCCGCCGCCCAGUACAGUCAGCAGCCAGCUGCGGGGUUAGCCUACACCCACCCCACCACAGUAGCCAGCUACACUGUACACCAGGCACCGGUGGCCGCUCACACUGUGGCUGCAGCCUAUGCCCCCACGGCCGCCACAGUAGGCGUGGCCCGUCCUGCUCCAGUGGCCGUGGCGGCGGCAGCCACAGCGGCUGCCUAUGCAGGGUACCAGCCUGCCCAUGCGGCAACAGACUAUGGCUAUGCACAAAGGCAGCAAGAGGCACCUCCCCCACCUCCUCCCGUCACAUCCCAGAACUACCAGGACUCCUAUUCAUAUGUGCGCUCCACAGCACCAGCUGUAACUUAUGACGGUAAACAGUACUACCAGCAGCCGACGGCUACUGCAGCUGUAGUUGCAGCUGCUGCACAGCCACAACCUGCUGUGGCAGAAUCCUACUAUCAGACAGCACCCAAAACCGGAUACAGCCAGGGGGCUACACAGUACACACAGACGCAACAGACCCGACAGGUGACUGCCAUAAAGCCGGCUGCACCCAGCCCUGCUACCUCCACCUUCUCUAUCUACCCAGUGUCCUCUACAGUGCAGCCAGUGGCAGCGGCAGCAGCCAGCGUGGUACCAUCCUACUCCCAGAGCCCCACUUACAGCACUACUGCUGUCACAUAUUCUGGUACAUCGUACUCUGGAUAUGAGGCGGCGGUCUAUUCUGCUGCCUCUUCCUAUUACCAGCAGCAACAGCAACAACAGAAGCAGGCAGUUGCAGCUGUGGCAGCCACAGCUGCUUGGACUGGCAGCACUUUCACCAAGAAGCCUCCCUUCCAGAACAAGCAGUUGAAGCCCAAACAGCCUCCCAAACCCCCACAGAUCCAUUACUGUGAUGUGUGUAAAAUCAGUUGUGCUGGACCUCAGACCUACAAAGAGCAUUUGGAAGGUCAGAAACACAAAAAAAAGGAGGCUGCUUUGAAAGUGUCACAGAACAGCAUCAGUGGUAGUGGAAGUGGUGGCCCAGCCCGAGGGACUCAGAACCAGCUGCGUUGCGAACUUUGCGAUGUCUCCUGCACUGGUGCAGAUGCAUAUGCUGCGCACAUUCGUGGGGCCAAACACCAGAAGGUGGUGAAGCUGCACACGAAGCUUGGAAAACCCAUUCCUUCCACUGAGCCCAGCGUGGUGACCCAGACAUCACUGGCCACAACAGCAGCGCCCAGCAAACCUCCAAAUUCUGGCAUCAACACUGUGACUAACAGCAGCGCUGCUUCUAGCAGUGGCAACAGUAUAAGUCUAACAGCUCCAAAUUCCUCAUACUUGAAACCUAUCAACAUAGUUGGCAGUACUGGGAUGCUGUCUGGGCUGGCAAAGACACCUGCCCCUGUGUCCACACCUGCCAACACCCCUACUGUCAAAAAGGUCAACACACCCAAAAUUAACUUUGUUGGGGGCAACAAGGUGCAAAUCACAGUCCCCAAGCUAGAUGACAGCAAGAAUGAGACAGUGAAGACUACUCCGUCUGCAGCAGCAUCAGCUCCAACACAGGAGGCCAAGCCAGAGAGCAUGGCAGAAACCCUGUCUGCACAGUCCACCUUAGUUGCACUGCAGAGUGAUGUCCAGCCUGUAGGUCAUGACUAUGUGGAAGAGGUGCGCAAUGACGAGGGGAAAGUUAUCCGCUUCCAUUGCAAACUCUGUGAAUGCAGUUUCAAUGAUCCAAAUGCAAAAGAGAUGCAUCUGAAGGGAAGGAGGCAUCGUUUGCAGUAUAAGAAAAAAGUGAACCCAGAUCUCCAAGUAGAAGUGAAACCCAGCAUUCGGGCACGGAAGAUCCAAGAGGAGAAGAUGAGGAAGCAGAUGCAGAAGGAAGAGUACUGGAGACGGCGGGAGGAGGAAGAGCGCUGGAGGAUGGAAAUGAGGAGGUAUGAAGAGGACAUGUACUGGAGGCGCAUGGAGGAGGAGCAGCACCACUGGGAGGAGCGUCGCAGAAUUCCAGAUGGGAGCUACCCCCAAGGCCCUCCAGGGCCCCCUGGCUUGCUGGGAGUCAGACCUGGACUACCAAUCCCGCAACCACAGGGGCCAGUUCCCCCCCGACGGCCAGACUCCUCGGAUGAUCGCUAUGUUAUGACCAAGCAUGCCACCAUCUACCCAGUGGAGGAUGAGCUCCAGUCAAUUCAGAAGAUUGUGUCCAUCACAGAGCGGGCGCUCAAGCUUGUGUCUGACAUAAUCACAGACCAGGAGAAAAGCAAGGAUGACGACAAGGACAAAAACGAUGUCCAGAGAGACAGGGCUCUGAAGGGUGUGAUGAGAGUAGGGGUUUUGGCCAAAGGCUUGUUGCUUCGUGGAGACAAGAGCGUCAGCUUGGUUCUUCUCUGCUCCGAAAAGCCGACCAAGAGUCUCUUAAACUCCAUUGCAGAGCAUCUCCCCAAGCAGCUCAUGCUGGUAACACCAGAGAAAUACGACGUGAAGGCUUCUGUCCAGGAUGCUGCCAUCAUCCUCACGUCCUGUGCUGAGCCCAAGAUGGAAGUGACCAUCACGCUGACAUCACCCAUCAUGCGUGAGGAGAACACAAGGGAUGGAGAUGUAACCUCGGGUUUGGUGAAAGACCCAGCGGACGUCUUGGACAGGCAAAAAUGCCUUGACGCUCUGGCUGCUCUACGCCACGCUAAGUGGUUCCAGGCUAGAGCAAACGGACUUCAAUCCUGUGUGAUUAUUAUUCGCAUUCUGCGCGAUCUGUGUCAACGUGUUCCUACCUGGUCUGCUUUUCCUAGCUGGGCUAUGGAACUCCUUGUUGAGAAGGCCAUAAGUAGUGCUUCUGGGCCCUUGAGCCCUGGAGAUGCACUGAGGAGAGUCUUUGAAUGUAUUUCUUCCGGAAUCCUGCUGUCAGGUGGUCCAGGGUUGAUGGACCCAUGUGAGAAGAACCCCACAGACACCCUGAGCACAAUGACAGAGCAGCAAAGGGAAGACAUUACAUCCAGUGCACAGUUUGCACUGAGGCUGCUGGCAUUCCGCCAGAUCCAUAAGGUCUUGGGCAUGGACCCCCUUCCACAGAUGAACCAGCGCUUCAACAUCCGUAACAACCGCAAGAGACGACGAGACAACAGUGAUGGCGUGGACAGCUUUGAAGGGGAGGGAAAGAAGGACAAAAAGGACUACGACAGCUACUAGCCAUUCCCACACCACCAACUCAAUUAAACACACUAAUAUAAAGCAGUGUAUACAUACCCUUUUUUUGUUUUUACUUUUUAUAUAUUUCAGUUUUGUGAUUUCCUUAGUGUAGCUGGUCCUGUAAUCAUCAAAAGUGGUCCUGUUGGACUUUUAUUAAACUGGGUAAUGCCAAACUCAUACAUGUAGCUGUGCUGUAUUGUAUUGCUUGGCUGCAGAAUGUUCUGACAGUUGGGUCUAUCCUGUGUUCAUCUAAGCUAAAGUGGAUUCUGAAGUAUAAAUACUCAUGAUGGUAGUAUCCCAUGCUCUGCAACACAGAUUUUUUUUUUAUUUUAUUUUUUCCGAGGGGCAUUCCUACAUGUAAAAACAAAAUAGUAUUGUGAAUUUAUUCUGAGCAUCUGCUCAGGACAAGUACAACUUAGGUGCUUACAAGCAUAUCUUGCUUUUAAACAAAUUUCCAGGGUUGAAAGUUUAGUCUAGCCAAAACAAAGCACAUAGUUUAGGCUCAUAGAUUGUUUUCGAAGUGCUGUAAUAUGGAUUUAUUUUAAUAACACAAUGCAAACUAUGGCUAAUGUCUUGUGCUAAAGCUGGACUCAAGUGUUUGAUAGUUCAAGCUCAUGCCAGAUUGUCAUGCUUCUGCAAAUUUUUGUCAUGUUGUAUUAAAUUCCUGAAUGGUCACUGAUUUCUGAAGUUUGUGUUAAUGUUUAUUCAGUAAUUUAUGUAUCCUUUAAAUCAUUUGUGAUUUAAAAAAUAUCCUGCAUGUCCUUGCCCUCUUCAUUUGCUGCUUUUAAAAUUUGUAUUUUAUUAACGGGUUAAUUCACAAGACAUGCAUAGCUUUUGGCCUUAUUUUAAAUGCUCUCUCGUAUCUAAAUCUGAAGUAAUUGUGAGCUUGUGGCAGUUGCAUGCCACCUUAAUGUGUAAUUGCAAUUUUUUUUUUUUUGGUGAUCCAUUCUCCUUUGCCUGUCUGUCAGUGUGAAAGUGUACUAAUGAAUUACCAUACAAUUAAAAACUAACAAAAACUUUUUUGGUGCAUGCACCUGGAGUGAACUGUAUAAUUAUUUGCACAUCAGCAUUUAUGCAUUGUAUAUGUUGCUUUAGAAUAUUUGUGGUUAACAAUGGUGGAUAUGCAUUUAUUUUUUUAAAUGUGGUGAAUGUUCCUGCUUUACCAAUACUUUAAG